AUGGCUGAAUUCGCAAAGUUAUUUUCAGCCGGUAUGGCUGAUAAAAUGAGCCAAAAAAACUCGUCUGAAGCUCACGAUUACCGAGGCGAAUAUAGCCGGAAAUGGCAAUACAUAUUGGCGAUUUUGGAGCUUGCAGCCAUCGACAGCAAUCCAAGUCUGGCUAGACGACAGACGGGAUUACUCUUGCUUCACCUGACGUUUUACACAUCUACAUUCAACCAACAAGAGAUUGCGAAGCCUUUAUUGCAUCUGCUUUGGCCGCAAAUCUGGCAGCCCGACCAGGUCAGUCCUGGAGUUUUGGCCGAUCAGUCCCUGCAUCGUUCACAGGCUGUAGAUAGCCCAAUAACUGAGUCGGACCAUGCAGAAAAGUGGCUCAAAAGCUUCGGGGUCAGGUUGAACGCCCCGAGUGGUACGUCUCUCGGCAGCGUUCUGGUGACGACUGUAGGCGGUUCUGCACAAGAAACAAUGUCACCAAAACGUGAAGUCAAAUUUCGUCUAGCCGGUGAUUCUGCACAUAACCAAUACUUCAAGAUCAGCGAAACUUCGGGAGAACUCUUUACAAACUUCGGCUUAGAUCGACCUGAGGCACGUGCACUGCUCACUUCGCUUCUUUAUCCAAUGGACUCAACGUUUGCCAGUCUCGAACCAUCCCUUCCGGAAAGGUGUCGACGUGCGCAGCGAUGCAAGCUGCCCAGCAGCGAAACAGUCAACUUGCCUUAUGCAUGCCUUCGCAUCAACGUCACUCUCAUGAGUGAAGGUAUUCUCGAAUGGGUCGCACCAAUCGUCUUGCUCUUGCCGCCUUAUCUACCCACCAUGGAAAGAGGAGCAAGCAAAAUUCUAAGGUUUGUAUUCUUCCGGUGA